AUGUCACUUUUAAAACUACCCGCCAGUUCCAUCCCCGUACGUCCCGACAUCGCAGGGAACGGAACCCGGAAAACAGAUGCUGGCAUCGGCCGGAGGACAUUGCUGGGGACACUGCAGGGAGGACAUCGCGGGAGCGAAGGACAAGGUAAGUGCAGAAGAGAUCCCGGAGCAGCGCUGCAGGGUAUUCCUGAGUGUAGCUCAGGGUUACUGCUUGUGGUGCUGAAACUUUACCCCGAGCUACACUCGGGAAUACUGCCAGGGAGGUUAAAUGUUUCUCAAACAUUUUAAAAUGCCUUCCAAGCUCCUUGUUGAAAUAAGUUAACUGCACAUUUUUUUUUUUUUCCAUGCAAAAAUAAGUGGAUAUGUACAGUCAGGUC